GAAAGCUACUGUGGGGAAAGGUGCACAAGGAGGGAAAGGAAAGUAUGAGUUAAAACCAGAAUUUCUCUCCAGCUACAAUCCUUACUUCUACCAUUAUACGAAGACAGAUAAAUCAAAGUCGGAGGAAGCUCAGGUGAAGAGAAAGAAAGAGAACAAUGAGAGUCAGGCUCUUCCCCCUCCAGUGCCUCCAAAGUUUAAGCCUCAGUUUGCCCCCAUAAUGACCCUUUUCUACAUAAUAGAAACUAGUUUCCCGGCUCCUUUGCGGGGUUUAAAAAGGGGUAAAUUUCAUAUGCCCUUCCCUGAACAGAGACGUGCAAUCACUGAUGGAAACACAGAAUUUGAUUUCCUGUCAAAAGCUAAAAAAGAUGGCAAAUGUAUACAGACACUAUUAGAAAGUAUUGUGAAUAGUCAUAACUUCACACAUGACAGCAUUAGAGAUUUAGUCACCUGGACAUUAAAGACAUUAUCAGAGGUCAGACAGAUGAAGAAUGAACCUGUUUCCAUGGAUACCGUAGAGAAAGUGUCGUCACCCAGGGACGAGAAAGCAAAGGCAGCGAGAGAAAAGAAGAGAAUAGCUGCGGAGAAAAGACGUCAGAAAAUUAUGGCUCAGAUGUCUCAAAUGCAAAAAAACUUUAUAAAAGAUAAUUCUGAACUGUUUGAGAACACCAGUACUGAGCUAUUUCCAAGAAUUGACUCGGAUAUGGAUCUUAGUGAGACAGAUACUAGUUCAUUACCUAUAGCUGUAGGUCCUCAUAGAACUUUACCUGGACAAUCAUCACCUAUGUGUGGCAUGUGUAUACUGUGUCAGGAAGAACAAGAAAUUACACUCUCUAACAAAGCUAUGGUCCUCACUGCUUUCAUUCAAAAGUCAACUGUACUUGCAUUAACUCGUGGCAAUGCAUUGUCACAUGGUGAUGAAUAUGACCCACUUUUAAUGAGGUCAGAUUUGAGCACAGGGUCACAUACUAGUUCAUGUGGUCACAUGAUGCACGCAGACUGUUGGCAAAGAUUUUUUGAUGGCAUAUUAGAAAGAGAAAGGAGACGUCCAUUGAGAUUUCGGCAUAAUUUUAGUUACGAUAUAGAGAAGAUGGAGUUUCUAUGUCCGCUAUGUGAAUGUAUAAGCAAUUCUGUGAUACCAGUUCUUCCUGCAAUAUUCCCGACAACUCAAGCAAGUAACUCAGACAGCUGUACUCAUCUACAUUUCCAUGACUGGUUAGAUGGCAUACAUAAAACAGUUCUCAACAGCGUCAAGGAAUCUGAAGACUUUGAUGAUGCAGAGUAUCAGACCUGUCCAUUGACAACUGUAACUAAACAGAUGGCAGAAAAUGUAGCUCAGAAAUUCCAUUCACUGUGGUCUUGUAUACAAGACCCUAUGGCAAGUGCAGGGCUUUCAUUGGAACAUAGAGAAAUGCUGAGAAAAUAUUCAAGGGAUGCAUACUCGUUUGGUCUAGGUGUAGAUCCUGAUGAUGAUAACGCUCGUGUUCCUAUCAUGGUAUGGAAUACCUGUGCCUUUUCUAUACAGAGCAUUGAACAAAUUCUGCGAGAUGAGGGUAAACCAUUAUUUGGUCAAAUGUCCAGUAGACAGAGUGAUUGCCUGCGGUCACUGGUCAGAGUAGCUGCUACAUACAGCCCAGCCAUUAAUACCGACAUUGUCAAACAACAUUGUAUAAAACUUCUUUCAUUCCUGUUCCCAGAUGCAUGUAAGAAUAAGAAAUUUGAUCUGUGUGUCUUGGAUGUUGACAUGUUCCAUUACCUGGUUGCCUUGGUGAUGUCAUUACCCAGCCUGCAUCUAGAUACAUCAGUGGCGCCCUCAAACUAUCUACAACUGCCCUCUGGUGGUGAUAAUGAGCUCCAUGCAUUACAUCUUGUGUUGGCUGUACACCUUAUACAGAUACUGCUGCUUUAUGACCAGGGAGAUUGUGGUAUGGAAGUGGAUGGCGACUAUGAGGGUGAAGCUUUACUGAUCAUCUAUAAUAAAAUACAUUCACUCGCAAACAUUCAAAAGGAAAAUCCACCAUUACCAUGGCAACUGUCAGUACAUGUGAGGAAAACUAUGCUGCCAUUUUUGCGUUGUACUGCCAUAUUGUUCCAUUAUCUCACAGGAGUUACUGCCCCUGCUGAAUUAUCUGAAUCAAGUGAAGAAAGUUCAAAACAGGAGUUUGACAGUCUAUGUAGAUAUCUAGGUAUUAAUUUACACAUGUCAAGAUUAGUAGAUAACCAUGGGGAGCUCAUGGAUACCCUUGUUACAAGGUGGUGUAAGAAUUCUGUUUUGAAGGAAACAUUAUCUGCGUCCAGUCAGCCUUUAGUUCAAUACCCGUUGAAGAUCAACAAGUUAAUAUCUCUACCAGAUGACUACAGUGAACUUAUCAACAAAGUGUCUGCUUUUACAUGCCCCAAAUCAGUUGGUGAUGACAGUCGUGCACCAACCAUGUGUCUGGUAUGUGGAAAGAUGUUGUGCUCACAGAGUUACUGCUGUCAAACAGAGUUUGAGGGGGUCACUGUAGGGGCUGCUACAGAACAUGCAUAUAGAUGUGGUGCAGGUGCUGGGAUUUUCCUCAGGGUACGUGAAUGUCAGAUAUUGUUGUUAGCAGGAAGAACAAAGGGCUGUUUUGUACCUCCACCUUAUAUAGAUGCUUACGGUGAAACAGAUCAGGGUCUCAGACGUGGUAAUCCACUACAUUUGUGUAGAGAGAGUUACGACCAUCUACAGAAGUUAUGGAUGUCACACGCUAUACCAGAGACUAUUGCUCAUAAUCUAGAAUCUAAUGCAACCCUUCUCACCAUUGACUGGCAACACCUUUAAUUGAUGCAUUAUUUUACAUCGGCCAAUUGGUCUAGAGCACUGUUUCCAGGCUAAUUAAUGAAGAACACUGUCCAUAGACUACAUGUACUUUAUCCAGAACACUGUCCUUGACUUAUUUAGAACACUGUGCUUCAGCCGAGUUGCUUAGACCACUGUCCAUUGAGUAACUUAUCUAGAAAGAACACUGUCCAUUGAUUUACCUACUUAGACCACUGUUUUGAUUUAUUUAAAGCACUUUGCUUUGGUUGAGUUGCCUAGAACAAUGUCUAUUGAGAAACUUUUAUAGAAAGAACAUUUCCCAUUGAUUUGAUAUCUAGAAUACUGUCCUUGACUUAUUUAGAACACUAUACAUAGGCUGAGUUGCCUAGUACACUGACCGUAUCUUAUCUAGCAGAACACUAUCCAUUGUUUAAAUUUUCUAGAACACUGUCCAAUUUUUAUCUUAUCUAGAACACUAUUUAUCUAACUUACUAAGAACACUGUCCAUUUAUCUUACUUACUUGGAACACUGUUGAUUAACUUAUCUAUAAGAAUGUCUACUGAUUAAUAG